ACGGAUGAUAGUGGACGUAGUACCACGUGUGCACAUGUGUAAACAAGGCAUCCUGUUGACAUCUUAACGUUUUAGGACAAGAGAUUCUGCUUAUUAUACUGUGUGUGGAAGAUUUCUAAUAAAAACCGAAAGCCAGUUUAACAAUUUUUGAACCAAAAUGGCGUCAACAGACGUGCAAGACGACAGCGACGACGGUAUGGACGCGUUCAUGGACAGAUUCAAGUCUCAGAGGUAUAAAAACGCUUUGAGUGAAAAUAAAUGGGAAGAGGAGUUCAAUAAAAUCCCCAUGUUUAUGAAAACAGCCCCGGAAGAGAUCGACCCCAAAGAAUACCCCGAAUUAGCCUGUCUGCAGUCUAUAAUCCACGACGAGGACAGAUCCCCAGAAGAACAAGCAAAGAGCCUGAAAGAUGAAGGGAAUUCAUAUUUCAAGGAAAAGAACUACAAAUAUGCAGUGGUGGCCUAUACAGCCGCUUUAAAGAAGAAAUGUGAGGAUCAGGAGCUCAACGCUGUGCUGCUGACCAAUCGAGCAGCUUCACACUUCCACCUGGGUAACAUGCGCUCUGCUCUGAAUGACGCUGCAGCUGCAAAAAAGAUCAAGCCAGACCACCUCAAAGCUUUGAUCAGAGGUGCUCAGUGCUGCAUGGAGCUGCGUAACUUUUCCGGCGCCGUCCAGUGGUGCGAUGAGGGACUGAAGGCCCACCCAACUGACAACAAGCUGAGGGAGCUUCGAGCAUCUGCAGAUAAGCAUAAAAGAGCAGCAGAGAGAGAUGCCAGGAAAGCCAAGAUCAAAGAAAAGAAGCUGCAUGGUGAGAAAGAGGCGCUUCUGGCUGCUAUAAAGGAACGAGGCAUCAAGCUCUUCCAGCCCACAAAGUCGCGUCCUGAGGGGUCAGACAGUGAAGGGGAGGACGAACGCGCCUCAGCAGGAAUAGCACAGCUGAGCCUGGACGGCCUGAGCUCCCAGGAGGUGACGGGGGCUCAAGUCUUCCUGGACCAGCAGGGCUCUCUGCACUGGCCGGUUCUGUUUCUCUACCCCGAGCAUCAACAGAGUGACUUCAUCUCAGCCUUCUGUGAGAACAGCAGUUUUAGGGACCAUCUGUUUGUCAUGUUUGGGGAGGAACUUCCACCUUGGGACACGGACAGGAAAUACCAACCACAAAAUCUCCAGCUCUACUUUGAAGAUGAAGCGAAGGAGACGCUCCACCAAGUUGAUCCCGAUGUGUCACUUUUAAAAAUAUUGCAGCAUAAAAGGUUUUUUGUGAAGGCCGGCACUCCCAGCUUCAUAGUUUUGGUGAAAGAUUCGCCAUUCAGGAAGCAGUUUUUAUCUGGAAAGAAAAUCCAUGGAUUGUAGACAAAGACAUCAUGUCAAGAAGUAAAGGACUGACUGGAGUGUUUGGUUUUGAAGAUAAUAAAGAAAGAUGAUCUUUCACUGUUAAUGAAACAAGAUUCACAAAUCAUUUUCAACUCUGUUUUCUCUGUGAAAAUAAAAAUAAACCGGCAUAAAACUGA